GAAAAGCGACGCACCUGCAAGGAUAACAGCUAAAUUCCCAGCAAGUGUAUCUCGAAUUCGGCGGAAAGCUGUGCGGAAGUGCGCAAAAAGAAGGUGCUGAAAAAUCAUUAAAAACCGACAACAACAGCAACAAGAAGCGGAGUGUAAGAGGCUGCGGUGCCACGCCCCAACGCCAGGACCAUGAACUAUUACGACGAGGAGAUCACAAUCAGCGGGCCAUCGGAUGGCAAACAUCUCAGCAGCAUGCAAAUGGAGCGACAGUCUAGCAGGGGCGGAGCAGCGGCUGGACAGCGGGCCGGGGCCAGGCAACGUCAUGUGCAGAUGCAGGGCAGCUCCGCGGACGAUGAUGGCCUGCUGCAGGAUAUCAUAGAUCACGACGACGAAGCCGAUGACAGCGAAGACGACGACGACGACAGCGAGCUGCAGCUGGGCGGCAUUGCUGGACCAGUGCCACGCCCACAAACACGACCGGGUAGCACACGAAAUGCCAAAGGGGCGCAGCCAUUGAUCGCCGAUGAUCACCUGAGCUUUGGCAGCUCCGACGAAGCAGCCGGCGAGCACGCGGCCACGGGCGCCAAGCUGGCGCAUCAAAAGCUGCCGCUGCCCACGCAACAGAAGCGCAACGCCGGGCAGGAGGUGUCCACAUUCAAUUUAACGCCGGACAAAUGGGAGCAGCUGCCGCUGCAGCCGGAGCUCAAGGAGCUCUUUCCCUACAUACUCAAGUAUACGCCGCAGGCAAUUGAGACGCCCUAUCAUCUGCAGCCCUUCAUACCGGAGUAUGUGCCCGCCGUGGGCGAUGUGGAUGCCAUGCUGAAGGUGCAGGCACCGGCGCUGCUGCAGCCGCAACGCCAACGCGAGCUGGACGAGCAGCUGCAGCGCCUGGGCCUGAUGCUGCUGGACGAGCCGUCGGGCGCACAGAGCGAACCCAGCCUGAUGAACAUGAAGAUGCGCUCGGUGCUGAGCGGCAGUCGAGGCGGCAAUGGCCGACAUGGCGCUUGCUCCGCCACGCUGGUGCCCACGGCCAAGUCCGGCAAGGAUAUCGAAAAGUGGAUUGGCGAGGUGGAGCAGGUGCACAUGACGCAGGCCAUGUACGAUGCGCAGCCACGCAAGGAUAUCGAUGCACUGCUGCUGGACUGGCCGCGCUCCUUUGGGGAACCGGCCACCAAGGAUGCCCUGGACGAGGCCUAUCGCGCCUGUCUGCAGCAGCAAAUUUCGCUGACCGACUAUGUGCGUGUGCUCUGCGAACGCUUCGGUGUGGAGGGACCACUGGAGACCCAAUCGGAUUACAUACACAAUAUCCAGACGCUGUUUGCCCUCUACCUGGCCGCCAGUCAGGCCUGGGAGUAGGAGUGGGGCUAGGAGUAGGUGAAGGAGUGGAAGCAGAGUGUGAGUGGGGGGGGAGGAGCAGGAGCUGGUCACGAUCCUGGCACUAAUAACGCUAAUGGCUUCGAUUAAAUGACAGCCAGACGCCGUUUGUUUGCCUUUGUGCGGGAUGUGCCCGCUGUUUGGCCAUUAAAUCGGCUGGAAAGCUCGUUACUCUCGUUUGAUUUGAGGAUGGGCUGGGAUGGGCAGUGGGACAGUGGACUGCGUCUGGUGCACUCUGUAGUGCGAAUUCCUUUUCGUGGCAACUUGCGAAAUUGUCGGCUUUAUGUGCCGCAUCGGCAGCUUCAAGCGACAAAAAUGAAAUUUGGUUUGCAAUUUUUUAUACGCGGCGUUUUUAAGCAAGCAAAUAGGGUAUAUUGAAAUGGGUUUCGAUUGGUAACAGUCAAUGAUUAAGGACCCCAGCUCGUACUCCGGAACCCAGGCUACGGAUAUGGUAUUUGAUUCCAUGGAGACGGUUAUAUAAUAUAAUACGGUAAUACAGUCUAUAGCUAAUAACAAUGCUAACGACAAUGAUUAAACAUACCAAACAAUAUAUCUUAUAGAUCCUGAUUAAGAAUAAGUGCAUUUUAUGGGGUUGCCGAUGCCUGAUUCUUCACAAAAUUAUAAUACCCUUUGUAAGCGUUUAAAAACGGAAAAAAAAAUACCUAACUGUAUUCUAGCUGACAAAAGAAAUGAAUAUAAGAGCACAAUUACCUGCUAAUACACAUUCCUCUCUUGCUCUCUCUCCAACUCUCAUUGGCGCUCUCUUCAAGUCGAAAGCGCGCCAAAAUGCAUCACCAAAUGGCGCGUAAUUUACCGUCUGUCAAACAUAAUUUCAAGUGCGUAGAAUAGCUGUAAGAUACGUAAAAAUGGCACUUCACAAAUACACACAGCACGAACUAAUCGCAUUUAAUAUAAUUAAUCUAUUAACUUGUUUAUUAAACUUUUAAACGAUUUUUUGCACGCGCGCAGUGAAUACGGCCGAUCAAUUUGACAGACGCGCACAGACUGAAUUGCGUCAUUAGGCUGACGUCUACGCUAAGCCGGCAUUUGCACACACACAUUAACAACUAAGAGCACACAACUAUGAAAGCUCCUGCGCUCACAGCAUGUGCAAUCCUCGCUGCGGCUGGAUACUCAACUAAGAUAACGGGAUCAAAAGCAUUACGACCAAUGGCGUGAAGGCAGUAAGCAUAUCAAUUACCUCUCUUCCCAUUCAUACCAUCCACAAUGCACGCUCUCUGGUGUAGCUGUGCAGUGCAAGCAUAUAACGGGGUCAAAAGCAUAAAGCUGAAUAAUUGUUUUUAUUUUUGUGCAAAACGAGGAUCGCUUAGGCGCAAAAGAUAUCAAUUACUCAAUAGAAAACGACUUCAUGAAGAUUAAAUAGUGUUCAAAAGGUGA